GGACAUUUCCGUUUUCUCAGGCAUUAGCCCGGAAAGCUGCACGUGUGCUGGUGUUGAUCGUGUGGAGGUUUGUGGAGAAAAUCGUUCUGCGAUGGGGAAAAAGGCAAGCAAACGAAACACGUUCAAUUACAACGUGGACAGAAAGAAAUUAAAGAAGAAGAUGAUAAAAAAGUACAGGCCGAGGAUUGAAUGCGCGCAGAUCCGGAAAGCAUGGGAUACCAACAAAACCACCAAACAGAACAUGAAGGACAUGGGCCUGUCGUUCGGAACCAAAUCAGUACUUCCCAUCACCAGCAAGGUCAGUGAGGAACCUGAGGAUCUGGUCAUAAAGCCUUAUGUCAUCAGAGAGCUGGAAGAAGAGGCCAGUCAGCUGAGGAAGGACACCACGACCUGCUCCACAGACAUGAUCGAAUUUGUUCAACAUAUGAUCCGGGAACACGGCGAGAACUACAAGGCCAUGGCACGAGACGAGAAGAACUACUACCAGGACACGCCGAAACAAAUCAGGAGGAAAGUGGAGUUGUACAAGCGUUGUCAUGGCAACGAGUACACCGCGUUCCUCGCCUCUCUGCAAGCGCAGACGUCGUCCUGAGAGAGAGAGAUGGACCACGUGGACGGAGAUGAGAUGUGUGUAUAUAUAAAUAUAUAAUCUUUUUUUUUUUUCUUUAGUGAUUCUGUUCAACUCUAAAAUAUAAAGUUGUAUCUUGUAUAGUUUUUAUUUCUCUGGAUGAGAAAAUUAAACUUUCCAUGAAAUCAG